UAAAAUAAAAUAAAAAUUUUUUUUUAAAAAAAACUUAUAAAAAAAAUUGUCCACCUAAUUUCUGGAGAACCCAUACCCACUUUUUGUAAUGCAGAGUUUUUAAAUAUAAAUCCGAACCUUUUGCAGUAGUUGAGGUAUCAUUUUCCUACAAGACAAAAAGAUGUCCUCAGGUUUCUCUGGCGGAGUUCCAGAGUUAUACGGCGGUGCUGGUGGGAUCAAUACUGGAAGAUCUACCAUGAUGCUGAGGAAUAACUGCAACAACAGGCCCGGCGUAUUUUCACAAGUAGGGUCUGGGCAGAGUAAAAUGUUCGCAGACUUCACCCCCACAUGUAUUCCGAUGAACAACGCCCAGUCUCAAAUCCAAUUCCCCCAUCGUUCGUCGAUUCUCCCCGACGGGGCUUCCCAAAACCUCCACAGAGGGACCACUUUCGUGGGCAAAAGAUCACUCACUCAGUUUCAACAGCAACAACAAUUUCAGUUCCUACAACAACAGCAAGUGCAACAAGGUUUGGGAUUUUAUCUUCGUAACGUAAAGCCUAGAAGUUACCAACAAGCAUCUCCAAUUUCUCCCCUUCUACCACCUGUGGAUUUCUCUUCUUCUUCCUCCUCAAUUAUUUCAUCUGAAUGUUCUUCGGUUUCUCCGAUAAAUUGGAGAAACCGUUCACAACCCGUAAUUCCCUCCGAAAAUACCAAUGUUACCAGGGUUUUAUCUUCUGGUAACCCCAAUUGUUCUGCAGUUGCUUCUUACCUAAAUCAGGUACAGAACAGUUUGUACCAGGAAUCAGAGGAAAAAAAGAUAAUGAAUCAGCUUCAAGAGUUGGAGAAACAGCUUCUAGAUGACAACGAUGAGGACGAGGACGAUACAGUAUCCAUUCUCACCAACAACGAAUGGUCAGAGACAAUAAAUAAUCUUAUUACUCGGAGUGGCAAUCAACUAUCUCCUGCUUCGUCGACAUCUUCGUGUUCUUCUUCUAUGGAAUCUCCGCCAAUAUCUUCUCCAAAGCAGUCUAUUAUAGAGGCUGCUACCGCAAUAUCUGAAGGGAAAACUAAUGUCGCAAUAGACAUCCUCACGCGCCUCGCACAUGCCUCUAAUGGUAGAAUUUCUUCGGAGCAGCGGUUGACGUCGUACAUGGUUUCGGCUCUUCGGUCGCGCGUGAACUCCACGGAAUAUCCGCCGCCCGUGUUGGAGAUGCAAAGCAAAGAACACGCCAUAUCUGCCCAAUAUCUAUACGAGGUAUCCCCGUGUUUUAAGUUAGGUUUCAUGGCAGCUAAUUUAGCAAUUCUUGAAGCUGUAACUGAUCAUCCUUCAAACAAGCUCCACGUCAUUGAUUUCGACAUAGUACAAGGUGAACAAUACUGGCAUUUGCUACACGCUCUAGCUGCCAAGAAAACAGAUAAACCUGCCACCUUAAAAAUCACGGGUAUCAUGGGCAGAGAGUUCGUUGGCGAGAGAGUUAAAGCCAUUGGAAAUGAGCUGAAAACUCUAGCAAACAAACUCGGGGUUUGCUUCAUUUUCAACAUUGUUUCGUGUAAGAUCACUGAUUUGAGUAGGGAAAAAUUAGGGGUUGAAGACGACGAAGCUUUAGCAGUAAAUUUUGCAUACAAAUUAUAUAAAGUACCUGAUGAGAGUGUAACAACGGAGAAUCUAAGAGAUGAGUUGCUCAGGCGCGUGAAGGGGUUAUCACCAAAGUUGGUGAUACUGGUAGAACAAGAAUUGAAUGCAAACACGGCGGCGUUUGUGGCGCGUGUAAAAGAAGCGUGUGGGUAUUACGGGGCAUUGUUGGAUUCACUAAACGCAACUGCAUCUGAAACGGUUCGGGUCAAGAUUGAAGAGGGAUUGAAUCGUAAAAUUGCGAACUCUGUUGCGUGUGAAGGGAGGGAUCGUGUAGAGAGAUGUGAAGUGUUUGGUAAAUGGCGGGCCCGUAUGAGUAUGGCUGGGUUCGGGCCAAGGCCUAUGAAUCAACUUAUUGUUGAGUCUUUGCUGAAGAAGAUUAAUUCGGGCCCACGUGGCAAUCCGGGUUGUACCGUAAAAGAACAAAGUGGGGGUAUUUGCUUUGCGUGGAUGGGGAAAACACUCACUGUUGCUUCUGCUUGGUGUUAAUAACUUGUUAUCCCACGAAUAAAAGUGUUUUUUUUGCUCUUUCAAAGUAGUAGUAAAAUUAUAUUGUGAUUAGUGUAUAAUCUUCAUUGUAAUCAGCUGUCCUAUAGAAUUUUUGUUACUCCCUCUCAAUUUAUAUGAUGUAAUUCUCUUUUCGAGAGUCAAACAAGAAAAUUUUUGACCUUGAUUUAUUCA